AUGGCACCCCCAAAUGAUCUUGCCAACUCAAUCUUCCAUGUCCUCAAAUCCAGCGAAAGACAUAACCUCUUCGAACUUGUUGAUGGCAAGCUUUGUGUGACAAAUGUGCCUCUUCUCACUGAAAUUCCAAGGAAUGUCACCUUUAAAAGUUUUUCUUCAAUAUGCCAAUCCUCUGAUGCUCCCCUUCCACUGUUUGAGCGUGUCCAAUCCCUGUCUUUCAAGGGAGGAUUCCUUGGAUUCAGCAAGGAUGAAUCUUCUGACAGGCUAACAAACUCCCUGGGGAAAUUUAGUGGAAGGGAUUUUCUCAGCAUUUUCAGGUUCAAAACAUGGUGGUCUACUCAGUGGGUUGGGAAUUCGGGUUCGGAUUUACAGAUGGAAACACAAUGGAUAUUGUUUGAUGUGCCUGAAACAAAGUCUUAUGUUGUCAUUAUACCAAUAAUUGAACGCAAAUUCAGGUCUGCCUUUCACCCUGGAACUGAAGGUCAUGUCAUGAUCUGUGCUGAAAGUGGCUCUACACAGGAGAAAUCAUCAUCUUUUGAUGCUAUUGCCUAUGUUCAUGUCUCUGAAAAUCCAUACAAUUUGAUGAAAGAGGCAUACAGCGCUAUUAGAGUCCAUCUCGAUACAUGCAGACUUUUGGAAGAAAAAUCAGUUCCAUCUCUAAUAAAUAAAUUUGGUUGGUGCACUUGGGAUGCAUUUUACUUAACUGUAGAACCAACUGGAAUCUGGCAUGGGGUGAAAGAGUUCUCGGAUGGCGGUCUCUCCCCAAGGUUUCUCAUUAUUGAUGAUGGCUGGCAAAGUAUCAACUUCGAUGGACAAAACCCGAAUGAGGAUGCGAAAAAUCUGGUUCUUGGAGGGACUCAAAUGACUGCCAGGCUUCACAGGUUUGAUGAAUGUGAAAAAUUCAGGAAGUAUAGGAGUGGAUCCAUGCUGGGGCUUAAUAGUUCUCCAUUUGACCCCAAGAAGCCGAAGAUGUUGAUUUCAAAGGCCAUUGAGAUUGAAUUUGCUGAAAAAGCUCGCAAUAAGGCAGCAAAAUCUGGGAUCACUGAUUUGUCUCAAUAUGAUGUCCAAAUUGAGAAAUUGUAUAGGGAUUUGGAUGAAAUGUUUGGCAGAGAAGAAGAAAAAACUUCAAUCCAAGAAUGUGUAAAUGGUUCUUUCAAAUCCGAAAAUUUUGGAAUGAAAGCUUUCACAAGGGAUUUGAGGACUAAUUUCAAAGGAUUGGAUGAUAUAUACGUCUGGCACGCGUUAUGUGGUGCUUGGGGAGGAGUGAGGCCGGGAACGACUCACCUUGAUACGAAAAUUGUCCCGUGCAAACUGUCCCCUGGACUUGGUGGAACCAUGGAGGAUCUUGCUGUGGUGAAAAUUGUUGAGGGUUCCAUUGGACUUGUCCAUCCUGAUCAAGCCGAAGAAUUCUAUGACUCGAUGCACUCUUACCUUUCUAAAGUUGGAAUUACAGGAGUCAAAGUGGAUGUGAUUCAUACACUUGAAUAUGUAUCCGAGGAUUAUGGAGGUAGGGUUGGGCUUGCAAAGGCCUAUUAUAAAGGGCUGUCAAAGUCCCUUGCCAAGAACUUCAAUGGAUCUGGACUGAUAUCAAGCAUGCAACAAUGCAAUGACUUCUUUUUACUCGGAACUCAGGAGAUAUCUAUGGGAAGAGUUGGGGAUGACUUCUGGUUCCAAGAUCCUAAUGGUGAUCCAAUGGGAGUUUAUUGGUUACAAGGUGUCCAUAUGAUCCAUUGUGCCUAUAACAGCUUGUGGAUGGGUCAGUUUAUACAACCAGAUUGGGACAUGUUCCAAUCGGACCAUCUGUGUGCAAAAUUCCAUGCCGGAUCUCGGGCUAUCUCUGGGGGGCCGGUGUAUGUGAGUGAUUCCGUGGGUGGUCAUGAUUUUAAUCUGUUGAAGAAACUUGUAUUUCCUGAUGGUACCAUUCCCAAAUGCAUACUUUCUGCUCUCCCAACAAGAGAUUGCCUCUUCAAGAACCCCCUCUUUGACGGCAAAACCAUUCUUAAAAUUUGGAACAUCAACAAGUAUGGAGGUGUGGUUGGUGCAUUCAACUGCCAAGGUGCUGGAUGGGAUCCCAAGGAGAAAAGGAUAAAGGGCUACCCCCAGUGUUACAAGCCAGUUUCUGGUUCUGUUCCUGUGAGUGACAUUGAAUGGGAUCAGAAGAAAGAAGCAACUGAAAUGGGAGAAUCAGAAGAAUAUGCAGUCUAUUUUAGCGAGGCCGAGAAACUAAUUUUAACAACGAGCAACUCUGAGGCCAUUCCAAUCACUAUUCUGCCAUCUACAUUCGAGAUUUUUAGCUUCGUCCCGGUCAAGAAACUUGACCGAUCAUUGAAGUUUGCCCCAUUCGGACUAACCAAUAUGUUCAAUAGCGGAGGAACAAUUCAAGGCUUGGUUUACAAUAAGAGCAGUGUGGAAAUUGAAGUGAAGGGAGGAGGGAAUUUCUUGGCGUAUUCCAGUGUGUCACCUAAGAGAUGUUACCUCAAUGGUUCUGAAGUUGGAUUCAAUUGGUCAGAAAAUGGCAAAUUGGGAUUGUACCUUCCCUGGAUUGAAGAGGCUAGUGGCAUUUCUAAAGUGGAUUUUGUUUUCUGA